CUCUCCCUGCUCGCGCACACACAGCGCCGGGUUUCGACUUGCAAGGUUUCUUUGCCAGAAAAUCGAUGGUAAUUGAAUUAAGGGUCUGCUGAAAUUUCCAUGGAAAACUCUCUUACAGCCAUGGCCGAGUCAAACGAACAAGAUGGAGCUCAAUCCUUCAAUGAAAGCUCUCCAGCAAGGAGAGCUGGUCUCUUCUAUAAGCUGGUGGUGCCGUCUAUUCUUCAAGACAAGAAGCUGAAAAUACCAAAUAAGUUUGCUAAGAAGUUUGGAGAUGAUCUUUCUGAUCUUGUUACUCUAGUUGUUCCCAAUGGUUAUCGAUGGGUUCUGGAAUUAAAAAGACAUGGCCGUAGUUUGUGGUUUGAAGAUGGUUGGCAUGAUUUUGUCAAACAUCAUUGCAUUCAAGUUGGACAGCUCUUGGUCUUCAGAUUUGAGGGAAAUUCUGUUUUCAACUUUUACAUGUUCAACCUAACUGCUACUCCAAAUGGUCCAUGCGAUCCUUCAAAUGAACAAAACGAUGGUGAACAAUGUCCAGUUACGCUCGGAAAAGAAGCUGAAUACAAGAAAUUAGUUGAAAUAUUUGGAACCAGUUCUCCAGCACCCUCUCCACGCCCUUCGGUCAAGAACACUUUUUGUGAGUUUCCAGACCAGCAGAAAUUCAAUGGAAGUUGCAAUGGGACUAGCAUUAAGAACUUUAUGCAUUGGUUUGACACAGAGAACCUGCAUCCUCUAAAGGAUUUUGAUAAUCCACUCAAGGAUUUAGAUAAGUUGCGUUUGCAACUACUAAAUUCAAAUCGAGAUAUUGGUAUACAAUUCGACGGGGACGAGCUCGCAAAAGCUAGAGAGAAUCUUGACUUUCAAUUUUCUGAUGAAAGAGAGGAAGGAGCCAGGAAAAAGAAGUUGAAAGUUGAACCAAUUGACUACUACAAUGACAAUGAGCCAAUAGUCGAAAAAAAAUGUGGAAACAUCCCACAUAAAAUUAGUAGGAUGGCUUUUGGAGUUGAGGAGUUCAAGUUUGGUAAUCCUUUUUGCUGGAUUGUUAUGAGACAAUCCUAUGUACGAAGAGGGUUCCAUCUGCACAUACCAUCCAAAUUUGCUGAAAAGUAUCUAAAAGGAGUGUCGGGCGAGAUCACACUUCAGGUCUCGAGUGGGAAGCAAUGGCGUGUCCGAUGCAUUCGUGAAGGUCCUGGCACCAAGCUAACCAGGGGAUGGGCUGACUUCGUCGUGGAUAAUGACUUGAAAGAAGAAGACGUUUGUGUCUUUGAACUGAUUGACAUAAAAGAUAUUGUGCUCAAAGUUACAGUAUUCCGAGUCCAUGACAAUCCAACAAAAACUUGAACCCGAGGAAAUCAUGGAAAAACCUGGAACAUCCAGUGGAUUAUUAUGCAAAUAUGUUGGAAUUUUUCUCCAAAAACAGAUGACAACGAGAUCUUGAUUCACACAACACCCUGUUGUUGCAGAUUAUCCUUGUAACCUUGUCAAUGUCCACUUUUCGUCUUUAUCAUUUACAGCUUUUUUCUCCAAAGCAGGAAGUUGAAGAGUGGUUGAACUUUGAAACUCCAGUGCUUUAACCUCCAUCUGUAAAUUCUUCCCUGAAUGCAAAAUUUAAAAAGUUGGUUUUCUUUUCUCUGUAAUGUAUUGUCAUGAACUCUGAAAACUGACUGUUCUUUUCCAAAGAAAUGGAUACCACCAAUUGAAGAA